CUUCCCAUAAUUUCGUUAAAAUCCGCUGCUGCUGCUGCUACUCCGGUAACACAACCCCCAAAAGCGAAUAGACAAAUCAAUAGAUUUAAAGAUAAUUGAAGCAAGAGAUAUGCUGAAUUUAAUCUUUGAAGUUAUGAUGAAACUUAGCUUUCUCAUUUUCCUUCUCUGUAUUUUGAUCUCUCUCAAGAACCAAAAUGCAGAGACCAAGAAAUGUUCUUCGUCUUUCCCCAUCGCCAUAAACUGGUCUCCUUCUUCCCGGGAUUUGUGUCCUUCGGUAUUAUUGUCUGUGGAGGAUGAACAAGAAUUCCAUUCUCGACGCUCACUGGAGUAUGAUUUUUACCGUGAUUCCUGCCCACAAGCUGAGAAAAUUGUUCGAGAUUUGGUUUGGGAUAUUUACAGGGUCAGGUCCAGUGUCGCUCCAGCUCUCUUGAGGCUUGCUUUCCAUGAUUGUUUCGUUGAGGGCUGUGAUGCUUCUAUUUUAUUGGAUACUGCUGGAGGCUUAAAAUCCGAGAAAGAAUCUACCCCCAAUCUGAAUCUGAAAGGAUUUGAUAUAAUUGACAUAAUCAAGUCACACCUUGAAGAAGUAUGUCCUGGAGUUGUUUCUUGUGCUGAUAUUGUCGUUUUAGCAGCCAGAGAAGGUGUUGUUCAGACUGGUGGUCCAUUCUAUCCAGUGUUCACUGGCAGAAGAGAUGCUACCCAUUCUUUCCCAGAUAAGGCGACAUCUGAGCUUCCUUCACCCCAAGCUCAUCUACCUGAAACCCUUGCAUCAUUUGCAUCUAAGGGCUUUGAUGAAAGAGAAACCGUCAGUCUCUUAGGUGGUCACAGCAUUGGAAUGAUCCACUGCAAAUUCUUCAGAAAUCGUCUCUACAACUUUAAUGGGACUGAUAAGCCUGAUCCCUCUAUUGAUACUCAAUUCCUUAACCUAUUGAGGAUAAUAUGCAACAGCUCCACAUCGGCAUCAUUGCCAUUAUCACCAUCAACACUGUCAGCUUCGUUUGAUUGCUCAAAGUUAUCAUCAAAGGCAUCAUCAUCAUCUUCCUGCAAGGGAUCACCAUCUUCAUCUUCUGAGAAGCCAAGGAGGGGUGCAAUAUCUGUUCCAUCACUCCAGUUGCAGAGCUUAAAGUUGUCCUCACUUGAGGAUCCAGGAAUCAACCUGGCCUAUGAGGGGCAUGGAGUAGAUUUUGGCGGAGUGUACUACCGCAGUCUUCUACAUGGUAGAGGAAUCCUAGUUUCUGAUCAACAAUUAAUGUCUGGCGAAGAAACAGCGAAAUGGGUGAGUACAUACGCUUCAGAUGCUGCUUUGUUCCGCCAAGACUUUGCACGAGCAAUGGUGAAGCUCUCAAAUCUCCAUGUCUUGACAGGUUCAGAUGGUCAGGUCCGGCUCAAUUGUUCAAAAGUGGUAUGAGAUAACAUAAGGAAAACUGAAUUACUUGUUGAGCUUCCCCCUACACAGGUUUUUGGGAUUUUGUUCUUGCCAAUUUGAAUUUUCAGGAACUUGGAUGGAUUUCUAUUGUUACCUUCUAUUGUUACCUUGUAAAUGUAGUAUCCAGAUUAGAAGCAAUAUUGUCAAAUAAUAGUUCAACAAAUGCUAUAAUGGAAAUGAGCCAUCUGUACUAA